UUUGAACAGCGAAUGAAGGUGGAGACUAGGAGUUGGUCGUACUCAUCUAACAUCUUCCUCUUUCGAGUUAGGGUUCGUGUCAUGAGUUCCAUCGAUUCAAGUACAACUACCUUCUGUUACCGUUGUCCUCGUUUUCAUCGACACAUGCAACAAUAAAAAACAAAAACAUCGUAGAUGAGCUCCAGCAAUUUGACGGGGUUUCUGUUGGCCGUGGUUUCCAGUGCUUUCAUUGGCUCCAGCUUCAUCAUCAAGAAAAAGGGUCUUCAACUCGCCAGUGUCAAUGGCCCUCGUGCUAGUGUUGGGGGCUAUGGUUAUUUGCUUCAACCCCUCUGGUGGAUCGGAAUGGUUACCAUGAUUGUUGGAGAGAUAGCGAAUUUUGUUGCUUACAUUUAUGCCCCUGCUGUGCUUGUUACUCCACUUGGUGCUUUGAGUAUUAUUGUUAGUGCUGUCUUAGCACAUUUCCUCUUGGAGGAGAAGCUGCAGAAAAUGGGAAUGCUGGGGUGUCUUCUAUGCAUCGUGGGAUCUACUGUUAUUGUGCUCCAUGCACCUCAAGAAAUGUCUCUUACUUCUGUGCAGCAAAUAUGGCAAUUGGCCAUUCAACCUGCAUUCCUCUUGUACACCGCCUCUGUCAUUGCGAUAACAUUAGUCUUGGUUUUGUACUGUGCUCCGCGCUAUGGCCAGACUAAUAUUUUGAUUUAUGUUGGAAUUUGCUCUGUAAUUGGGUCCUUGACGGUCAUGAGCAUAAAAGCAAUUGGCAUUGCGAUAAAGCUUACACUAGAAGGUGCGAACCAGGCUUUCUACUUUCAGACGUGGAUUUUUACAAUGGUUGCUGCUACCUGCAUGAUUCUCCAACUAAAUUACCUUAAUAUGGCAUUGGAUAAUUUUAAUACAGCAAUUGUUUCUCCAAUCUAUUAUGCAUUGUUCACAACUUUUACAAUAUUAGCCAGCGCAAUUAUGUUUAAGGACUAUUCUGGUCAAAGUAUAACCAGUAUUGCAUCAGAGCUAUGUGGUUUCAUUACUGUUUUAUCUGGAACAACUGUGUUGCACAGUACAAGAGAGCCAGAUCCUCCAACCAAUACAGAUUUAUAUUCGCCAUUGUCUCCAAAAGUGUCAUGGUAUAUCCAAGGCAACAGUGACCCCUGGAAACAGAAGGAGGAGGAUGUGUCACCCUUUAAUCUAAUUGCAAUUAUACGGCAAGAUCAUUUCAAGUGACACAGGAGGCUUAAAAUGCUGAAGUUAAAUCUAUCUCGUGAUCUCCUUCCAUUGGGCUAGAUAUAGCACCUGUACUUUUCUUAUUCCUUCAGUUGCUUAUACUAAGCAACAGAAAUGUGCCAGUAUUGUGGGGGGUUUGGCUCUCUGUAA